CACAGUUUGAAGAUGAAAUAGGUAUUCUGAUGUGUAACCCAAUCGCGUCAUAUAUUCACUGACGUCACCAACUUGGGUCAGAGUAGAGGCUGAGUGAAAAAUAUAUUAUUAUAUAAAGAUGGUGUCUUUCAGUAUUUUGUCCUUAACUUUUGUUUACCCAAGUUCUCUAUUACAUCUUGAAUUUUGGUGUAAUAUCUCUUCGUAUCUAUCAAUCAUUCGUCGUCAAGCAUUAUAGAAAGCAAGCCUUAGCUAUCUUACUCCACCUAAACACAUAAUGUCUUCACAGAACAACAGCCAGCAGCCCUCUCUUGUCGGUGGCCACGCCGAAUACAUCAAGGGUGCCACAGAGUCUACUAUCGGUAGUGUAACAGGAUCACAAGCUUGGACUAGCUCCGGAGAGCAAGCCAAGGCCCACGCCAUAGACACCAUGAAGGCCGCCGGCGAGAACCGUGAUCCGUCGCAAGGGUUCGGCAAAGCCGAGCAGAAGCUAGGUCAGGCCACGGGUUGUGAAGGCAUGGUAAAGGAGGGAGAAGCCAGCAAGAAAUCCGACUAGAGAAGAGAAAGCAGCCACAUAUCAUACCCAUACCCACUGGAUGUUUACGGUAACCAUCCCGUGACCUUUGCAACAUAGUGUACAUUACUCUCAAGUGUGUUCUAGAGCCUACCAUUGGUUUGAUAGAGGAAUAUGAAAACGUUCAACGUUGAGCAUACCUAAUUGGUAGCAUUGUAGAAGACUACCUUAGGCGCUUUCAUUUGGAUUUUAUCGUCGGCUAUCGCGUCCGUAGCAAUAAAGGGGAUAAAGGGGGUAGUAUUGCAUUCCGGAAGGUUUGGAUUUAUGAUCCGCGUUGUAUUGUGUAUAUGUCUGUAUAUG